AACCCCCACCCGUCGUCUCUUCUUUCUCAUUUUUGAGAGAGCGAGAAUUGAGAAGAUUCGUUUUUUGCCUGUUGGAUAAUCAUGCCUGCGGCUGGAUUCUCGUCGGUGCCACUGGGGUGUUACAUCAAUGCCCGACUUCUUGGAAAUUUUCUUCCCCGUGGUAUAUAAUAGGACCCAGGAACCUGGAAUUAGUGCAAAUUACUGCAAGUAUGACAAUCAAGGACUACAGUUGUUCACGUCGUCCCUGUAUCUGGCCGGCUUGACUGCGACUUUCUUUGCUUCCUACACUACCAGGAAGCUUGGUCGUAGACUGACCAUGUUGAUUGCUGGUAUCUUGUUCAUAAUCGGUGUGGUGCUCAAUGCCGCUGCUCAAAACCUUGCCAUGUUAAUUAUUGGCAGGAUAUUACUUGGCUGUGGAGUUGGUUUUGCCAAUCAGGGAGUGCCAUUGUUCCUAUCAGAGAUAGCACCCACAAAGAUUCGUGGAGGACUAAACAUACUGUUCCAGCUUAACGUUACCAUUGGCAUUCUCUUUGCAGAACUUGUCAACUACAGCACCGUUAAAAUUGAAGGAGGAUGGGGCUGGAGGCUAUCAUUGGGACUGGCAGGCAUCCCGGCUACCCUCCUAACCUUGGGAGCCCUCCUGGUUGUAGAUACCCCUAACAGCCUCAUUGAACGUGGUCACCUGGAAGAAGGAAAGGCCGUGCUUAGGAGGAUUCGGGGUACAGACAAGAUUGAAGCCGAGUUCCUGGAGCUUGUUGAGGCAAGUCGAGUGGCGAAACUAGUCAAACACCCUUUCAGAAAUCUCAUCCAACGCAGGAAUCGUCCUCAACUUGUCAUUGCAGUUGCUUUACAGAUCUUCCAGCAAUUCACUGGCAUCAAUGCAAUUAUGUUUUAUGCUCCGGUCCUGUUCGACACAUUGGGAUUUGGCAAUGAUGCUGCCCUUUACUCCGCUGUCGUAACAGGAGCAGUCAAUGUCCUCUCCACCAUGGUGUCCAUCUACUCUGUUGACAAGGUUGGCCGUCGUGCGCUGCUCCUUGAAGCUGGUGUCCAGAUGUUUUUCUCUCAAUUGGUUAUAGGAAUAAUCCUGGGAAUCAAGGUUAAAGAUCACUCAGACAGUCUCAGCAAAGGUUUUGCAAUCUUGGUGGUUAUACUGGUGUGCACUUUCGUUUCAUCUUUUGCUUGGUCGUGGGGACCUCUAGGCUGGCUGAUCCCCAGUGAAAUUUUCCCUCUGGAGACUCGCUCGGUUGGCCAGAGUGUCACCGUCUGUGUCAACCUGCUAUUCACUUUUCUCAUUGCUCAAGCUUUCCUCUCCAUGCUCUGUCAUUUGAAGUAUGGCAUCUUCUUGUUCUUCUCUGGAUGGGUUCUGAUCAUGUCCAUCUUUACCCUGUUUCUUCUCCCAGAAACUAAAAAUGUUCCCAUUGAAGAGAUGACAGAGAGGGUAUGGAAGAAACAUUGGUUCUGGAAGAGAUUCAUGGAUGAUGGUGAGGACGAAGUAGUAAUUUUUACCAAUGGUACUGAUGACUCGGAGAAAAAGGACUAUUCCAAUGGAUUUGAUCCAGCUUCUCAGUUGUAAAUUUCAUUGUUUUUAGUGUCUCUUUAGCCGUAUAGAAUCAGAACAUGAAUACACAGAAGACAGGUAGAACCGUCGGCGAGAGGGAUAUUGUGUCAUUAUGUGUGCUUUGAACUUAAACUAAAAAUAAAAAUGUUUUGUAUGAGAUUAUGAGUAUUAUAAUUUUAGUGUGAUUUAAUUUUCAGUGUUUGGAUUCCUGUAUUUUCAAGCUUAAGCAAUGUAACCCUGUUUGGAAUUUACCAGCAACAAAAGGGUGUUAAUUAA